CCAUUUUAGAUCGGCAACAUACCAAACACCCCCGGGAUAUUUUAUUUGCGCUUAUAGACGGGUAACCAACAUAACUACAGAAGUGACAAAGUGGUGUGAUUAUGUCGGACCCUUGGUAUUUCUCUUAUAAACUGCGUGGUUUGAAUCUUGAAUGCUGAUUGGCUGAUAACCGUGGUACCCCAGAAUCACGCACGCGAACACUUGUUUAUAAACCCAGAUAUAUUGCAAAUAAUGUAGAGCAAUACUUCUUAUUAGACACAACUAAGAUUGUAAUGGAUGCCAGGUGAAAGAACAGUGUGUGAAAGCAAUAAAGAGAGUAGCUCGCGGCGUUUAUUUUUGUUAUGCACAGAACAGCCCACGAAGACUUGUUCUAUGUUGCGUCGUGCACUGCGAUCGUUAAUUCGCUAGGAGGCGAUAUUAGUCUAUUAUUUCAUCAACAUGGAUAAUGGGUCAUGUCCUCCGACAUCAUACCAGACGUUACAAUUGCAUUAAUUGCAAGUAGCUAUAUAACAGGCACUAUUGCUACUUUGAUGGCCCACGGGUGAUGCCCAAAAAGAUGCGGCACCAUUGGCUGCUCAUCGGGGCUUGCGGCUGGGUGCUGCUCAUCCUGAUGUUUGCCAGCAAGUUAAUUAAUUUCAACUCAAGGGCCACAGAUGACUACGGGGAGAAGGCUGAAAUGCAGAGUUGGACGCAAACAGAGGUUAAGACCGUCAAAUCACUUCCCGCACAGACAUCAGACAGAAGAACUCCCAAGUCAUCAGACCUGCCCUCCGCAGGUCCCUCCGCCGCGUCCAAUCCUACAGACUGGCAGUCUCUGGAGACAAGACGUCUGGACCUCCUCUCAUCCGUGUGUCAAAAAGAGUCCCUCAGGAACCUCACCCACACUUCAGUCAACACAUUUGUCCUGGACCGCAUCUUUGUGUGUGACAAGCACAAGAUUCUUUUCUGCCAGACCCCUAAAGUGGGCAACACGCAAUGGAAGAAGGUCCUCAUUGUCCUCAACGGAGUCUUCUCAACUGUGGAGGAGAUCCCAGAGAACCUGGUUCAUGACCAUGAAAAGAACGGCCUGCCCCGACUUUCCUCUCUGACAUAUCCAGAGAUCAAAGAAAGGUUAGACACGUACUUCAAGUUCUUCAUUGUGAGAGAUCCAUUUGAGCGGUUAAUCUCUGCCUUCAAGGACAAGUUUGUGAAGAAUCCACGAUUUGAGCCCUGGUACAAGCAUGAUAUCGCGCCUGCCAUCAUCCGCAAGUACCGAAAGAGUCACCGCGACAACGAUAACAAGGCCACCGCAGGCCUGCGCUUUGAGGACUUCAUCCGUUAUUUGGGCGACGAGUCCGGUCGGCGACACAUGGACCGGCAGUUCGGGGAGCACGUCAUCCACUGGGUGACGUACUCAGAACUCUGCGCUCCAUGUGACAUCAAAUACAGCGUCAUAGGGCACCAUGAAACUCUGGAACUCGACGCGCCUUACAUCCUCAAAGCAGCUGGGAUUGAGCGCCUGGUGUCGUACCCAACGAUACCCCCAGGUAUCACCCGCUACAAUCAGACCAAGGUGGAGCAAUACUUCUCAGGAAUCAGCAAGCGGGAUGUCAGGCGGCUUUACGCCCGUUACCAAGGAGACUUCAGCCUGUUCGGCUACCACAGGCCGGACUUCCUGCUUGACUGAAUGAAAAUGACACUGAAGACUUGUGUUACGAUGAUGAUAUUAUAAUAACAUCUCUCUAACCUAACAUGCAUCUUAAUUAGUGUGUGGUUUACUGGGUGUGGCUAGCUACCUGGUCAGGCCUGGCUGCUGUAACAAGGGGCCCUAGUUAAGAUAGAGACGCCCCACCGUCCAGGUUUCAGCCAGGCCAGAGAAGCAGGCCGACCUCAGUUUUGACAGAACAGGCUGAUCUACUUUUCCUGACGGCACAUCCUGCCACUACCUAGCAACACUUCCUGCCUCUUCUAUACGUAGCAACGGUCAUGGGUGAUGGCUGUAGCAAUGUUAUUACAUGCCUGUACUUCCUGGUUCCUGGCCAUGAAUGACACAAUGAGUGAUGAAGAGUUAACUCUAUGGCUGUAAUCGCCAUAACACCCAAUGAAGUGCCACACUUAAAUGUUAUUUAACCCAAGUUUUUGUAUAAUUAAAAUGGCUUUAUUUAAACUAGAGAUUACUGUAACAUACUGUGCGACAAGUUUGUCGGUCCGCAAAGAUGUAGUGAACAUACUGAAGAUAACGAUAACAACCAGAGCCCCAGGCUAGAGCCUGACCUUGGUUAGACAGGGAGGCUCAUCCUCAGUCUGUACCAAAGGUACAUUUCCACCCCAGGAGCCUGACAGAUGUGCUGCAGGGAACGUCAGUCUCCAGAGCCUACGGAGAUGCAACAAGUGGUCACCAAGUUAGCCUAGCCGUGCUCAAGUAAUGGUGGUUAGGGGUGUAGAUCUGGGGUGGGACAGGGGGAUCAUGGGGACUCAAUGACCAGGACCCUCCCACUAGGCCACAGAGGAACAGAUUGUCAUUGGCUGAAGCAAUGGAUGAGGCUACACCUGUACUAAUCCACGGGUGUAUGUGAAGUCCCUUACCUCAGAUGAAUUUAAACGUCCUUCAUGGGGAUCCAGAGAUAAUACCAGUCCACAGGCUUAUAGAUGUAAUUAUGACAGUCUGUGCCAGAGGUCAUACCUAGCUCUCUCUGGUGCACAGUUGUAGUCAGCCAUGUUAACUCAACACUCCAGUGCAGUCCUUCACAAAUCUCUCCCAGGGACUGGUUGGGGGUCCCCAGGAGAGGUUUGAGAACCUCUGAUGUUGUGGUGGCUUCACUAUUAUUCUCAAGAGUUAUUUCAUUAAUGACUUCCGCUUAAUUCUUCCAUUGCCAGAACGUUCUAACUUGCUGAUUAGUCCACCACAAACUAGACAGUGACUAAACAGCUAUCCCAGAUGGAACCCUCAGCCCAACAUUUUUAGAGAUCUGAGAGGAUUGGACAUGUGUAAACAAUGUCUGUGAAGAGCUCCAGCUUGCCCUCUGAUAGGCUAGGUGUAUAUUACAUACACAAUUCACAUCCUCUUGAAACUCUAUAGUGUAUAGGAUUUAUGGGUCCAAUGUGGAUUGAUGAAGUGUCUUUCUUGACCCCAACAAUAUCUUGUCCAAUGGCGGCCAUGAAGGGAGAAGGGGGGGGCUUAUUAGUCAAAUUAUUUUUGAUGGUGUCGUCAGUCACAUGGCAGAACUAGACUUGCAGGCACUGGGUGCUGAGU